GAACCGCAGCGCGGGGGACCCGGCGGCGGAUCGAGCCAGAAUGGACGACAAUAUGGACACAAAAUCCAUUCUAGAAGAAGUUCUUCUCAAAAGGUCACAGCAAAAAAAGAAAAUGUCGCCAAGUAACUACAAAGAGAGGCUUUUUGUUCUAACCAAAACAAAUCUCUCCUACUAUGAAUAUGACAAAAUGAGAAGAGGCAGCAGAAAAGGAUCCAUUGAGAUUAAGAAAAUCAGAUGUGUGGAGAAAGUAAAUCUUGAGGAGCAGACCCCUGUGGAGAGACAGUACCCUUUUCAGAUUGUCUAUAAAGAUGGGCUUCUCUAUGUCUACGCAUCAAACGAAGAGAGCCGAAGUCAGUGGCUGAAAGCAUUACAAAAAGAGAUAAGGGGCAACCCCCACCUGCUGAUCAAGUACCACAGUGGGUUCUUCGUGGAUGGAAAGUUCCUGUGCUGCCAGCAGAGUUGCAAAGCAGCCCCAGGAUGUACUCUCUGGGAAGCAUAUGCUGAUCUGCACAUUACAACCCAUGAAGAGAAACACAGAGUUCCCAUCUUCCCAGACAGAGUGCUGAAGAUUCCUCGAGCAGUUCCUAUUUUCAAAAUGAAUGAACCAUCCUCAAGUACCACCGUGGCCCAGUAUGACAGUGACUCAAAGGGAAACUACGGCUCCCAGCUAACUGUCAACAUGCAGCAUAUUCCAAGAGAAGAUUGCCCUGACUGGUGGCAAGUAAGGAAACUGAAGAGCAGUGAAGAUUUUGCAACCAGCAACCAAAAGGAAAGGACUGUUGCAAAUCACAGCACCUCAAAGAUGUCAUGGGGAUUCCCCGAGUCAAGUUCAUCUGAAGAAGAGGAAAACCUGGAUGACUAUGACUGGUUUGCAGGUAACAUCUCCAGGGCCCAAUCGGAGCAGUUACUGAGACAAAAGGGAAAAGAAGGUGCAUUUAUGGUUAGAAAUUCCCGCCAGGUGGGAAUGUACACAGUGUCCUUAUUCAGCAAGGCUAUGAAUGAUAAAAAAGGAACUGUCAAGCAUUACCACGUGCACACAAAUCCUGAGAACAAAUUGUACCUGGCAGAAAACUACUGUUUUGAUUCUAUUCCAAAGCUUAUUCAUUAUCAUCAACACAAUUCAGCAGGCAUGAUCACACGACUCCGCCACCCUGUGUCAACCAAGGCCAACAAGGUUCCCAUCUCCGUGUCCUUGGGAAGUGGAAUAUGGGAACUGAAAAGAGAAGAGCUUACCCUCCUGAAGGAGCUGGGAAGUGGUCAGUUUGGAGUGGUCCAUCUGGGCAAGUGGAAGGGACAGUAUGAUGUUGCCAUUAAGAUGAUCAAGGAGGGCUCCAUGUCCGAAGAUGAAUUCUUCCAGGAGGCCCAGACAAUGAUGAAACUCAGCCAUCCCAAGCUGGUGAAAUUCUACGGAGUGUGUUCGAAGAAAUACCCUAUAUACAUAGUGACUGAAUAUAUCACCAAUGGCUGCUUGCUUAAUUACCUGAAGAGUCAUGGAAAAGGACUUGAAACCUCCCAGCUCUUAGAAAUGUGCUAUGAUGUGUGUGAAGGCAUGGCCUUCUUGGAAAGCCAUCAGUUUAUACACAGGGACUUGGCGGCUCGGAACUGCUUGGUAGACAGUGAUCUCUCCGUGAAAGUGUCUGACUUUGGAAUGACAAGGUAUGUUCUUGAUGACCAGUAUGUCAGCUCGGUAGGAACCAAGUUUCCGGUCAAGUGGUCAGCCCCAGAGGUGUUUCACUACUUCAAGUACAGCAGCAAGUCAGAUGUGUGGGCGUUCGGGAUCCUGAUGUGGGAAGUGUUCAGCCUGGGGAAGCAGCCGUAUGACUUGUAUGACAACUCCCAGGUGGUUGUGAAGGUCUCCCAGGGCCACAGACUCUACCGGCCCCAACUGGCAUCGGACACCAUCUACCAGAUCAUGUACAGCUGCUGGCACGAGCUUCCAGAAAAGCGUCCCACAUUUCAGCAACUCCUAGCUUCCAUUGAACCACUUCGGGAAAAAGACAAACCUUGAAAAAGAAAUUAGGAGAUCUGAUGAGAACGAAUGUAAAUGCUGGCCAACACCUUCAUUCCUUUUAAGGAAAGUAGCAAGACGCAGACAAUGUAAUUUAGCUAGUUCUUCUUAAUAGCCUUCUGUGUGCUGUUCGCCUGUUGUAUUAUCUCGAAAUUGAACAAGGUAAGAAACAAAAGAUUUCCUUGAAAUUUAGGUCAAAUUAGUAAUUCUGUGUAUGCUGCUCUUAAUAUUAUUACACUUCCCAGCCUAUAGCAGAAGCACAUUUUCUGAUUGUGGUAGACAGAGGGUGUACCAUUUGUAAAGAUUGCAUCGAAUUAAAAAAUUCUUUGUUGGAUAUUUGUUCUUUUCCUUAUAUUGUCACUAUCCUGAUAAUUAAAUAUGCUCUUAACAAGUACCAAAAUGU